AUGGCCACCCCAACGAGACAAGUAAAGCGGGAUAAGCCAUUUCUCCGUUUGCUGACCAUAAUUGCAUCCAAAGCCCACAUAUUGAGCUUAUGGCUAAUCUUUGCCUCCAUCUUGGGGCUGCUUGCGCUGCCGCUGCUCGAUCGACAAAUCCGCUUCGAUGAGAAAGGGCUGCUCGCGGGGCUAGCACAUCCCACUGUCGGCGACACGGCGUCUGGUCCAGCCGCGUCUGACAUCCAGCGCAUCGCACGCGCCGCCGGCGGCGCCGCCGGCUUCCAACGUCCCGGCGCCGCCGCCGCCCUGGCGGCGGAGCUCCGACGUGCCGGCCUGACGGAAACCCAGCUCACCCGCCCCACCGUGAUCACCUCUGCCGGCCCCGGCGGCAGCGACGGCGGCGGCGGUGGUCCGUGCCGCUGCACCAACGUACACACGCGUGUCAAGGCGCCUCGCGGUGACGGCCUGGAGAGCCUGGCCCUCGUCACCCCCGUUGCCUUCAGUCCGCAGCGCCCAGAUCCGUCGUACGACGGACAUAACCAGAGCGCCGAUGGCGCACAGCUGGCGCUGACGGCAGCGGCAGCCUUGGUGCUACACAUGGCGAAGGGACAAGUUGCCGGCGGCGGCGGCGGUGGCGGCGGCGGCGGCCGCUGGUUGGUUCGUGACCUCCUCUGGGUCAUACCUGAUAUCAGCUGCGGCAGCUACCAAUGCUUGGAUGCGUGGGUACGGCAGUACUACGAGGACGCAGCGGCGGCGGCGUCGCCGGCGGCGGGAGGAGGGCGCGGCGUGAAGGGAGGCGUACUGCGGGAUGCCGUACGACAGGAGCUGCAAGAGGCGCACCAAGGGCAAAGUCAGGGGGGAAAGAGAGAGGGAGCUAGUACGGCGGCGGGGGACAUGAUCCGCGCGGGCGUCAUCCAGCAAGCUGUCAUACUGGAGGCACUGGCGGGCGCAUCGUACGACACCCCAGAGCUGUUGGUGGUUGGCCACGACGGGUUGUUGCCUAAGCUAGACAUGUUCUACUUGCUUCGCUACUUGUUCCAUUACCCAGCGGGUCCAGCUCUGUGGCGCGAUGACCGGCUCGAGGGGCCUUAUGAGAGGCUAGCGGGCUGGCUGGAGGGGGUCAUGCCCACUGGAGUAGUCGCUCCACAGGUUCUCCGCAACUACCUCCGUCGUCUGCUGGGGGCUCUUCAAUUCUGUUGGCUCCAGGGGGUGGGUGCGCCGUCCGCGGGCCAUGCGGUCUUCAAGAAGUUCAUGGUGGAUGCGGCGACUGUGAGGCUUGUGAAGAGGCACAGUCAGCGCGCGGCUCGUGUAGCGGGCGUUGUGAGCUCCUCCCUGGAGCUGGUCCUCCGGUCCCUUAACAACCUAGUUGAGCGAGUGCACCACUCCUCCUUCCUCUACGUGCUCACCUCCCUGGACCGGUACGUAUCCGUGGAGCGGUACGUGGGCUCCGCGGUGGUGCUGACGGCGGUGCUACAGCUGCAGGCUGCGUGGUCCAUGGCUGCCGCAGCAGAACUAGCCUCCACUGCAACUGCGGUAACAGCAGCAGUAUCAGCAGUGGCAAUGAGCUCCUCCGUUGCCGCCCAGGCGUCGUUAUCGUCACCGCCGUCACCACUGCUGCCACCUCGCAUUUGGGCGGUUGCGGUGGUGCGAGCUACAGCACGAACCGCCGUACUAACGGUCGCGACGGCGGGUCUCCGUCUGUUGGCUGCCUGCGGCGGCAGCACCGCACUCCUCCCCUGGAGCGUUGGACCGCUCCCUGGAGUGGAAGCGGCCCGAGUGAAGGGUGACGGAACGGGGACUCAAGGGGGGCCGGGAUCAUCAUCACCAGCAGCAGCAGUAACAAUUGCUACUGCGGUUGUAGCUGAUAGCGCUGCCAGGGGAGCGGCUAUGGCAGCGGCGGUACGGAGUCUGCUGACGCAGCGGCUAUCGUCCCCGGAGGGCCUGCUUGCUGCCGCUGCUAUACUGUUCGCCAUCGCGGCUGCGGCGAUGGCAGCGGCGAGGGUGGGGGGGACACUGGUGGCAGGAGCGGCGGCGGCGGGGGGCAGAGGAGGUGCAGGAAGGAGCAAAGCGGCAGCACUAGGGGAUCAGCGGGCAUCUGGGUCAAGUGCGCAAGAGGAGGAAGGGGGAAAGCUGGAGGGCAAGGAAGAGGAAGGGGAGGACCUGGGUGCGUGUUUUGAAAGGGGAGUCUGGCAUGCGGAGCGCGUGGUGGUUCUGACGACGACAACAGCGGCAAUGACGGCGCUGGUGUGCUUGAACUGGGCCGCGGCGGUGAUGGCGGGAAUGUAUUUGGCGCCGAUGGCAUUGUGGCAAGGCUGGGUGGCGGAGCGGGUAUGGGCGAGUUGCCAACAGACUAAUAGAGGCAGCAAGGGAAGGGGGCGAGCGCUCCGUGUCCUGUGGAGUAACAGGAGCUUGACACGACAGAUGAUGACAUCUGAACUUAUGCAGCAUCUUGCGGCAAGUUUGUCCGAAGAACCUCUCAAGAAGGGUCUCCCGGUGAAGGAUGAGCCACGGGUCCUUUUAGUGACAACAGUAGAUGUUGGUGGGGGCAUCUCUGAGCGCAUUGAGGUGCGAGUCGGCGAGAUCCCCGAGGACGUGGCACGCGCCUUCUGCCGCCGGUACAACCUGCCUGACGCCAUUGUCGGGCCCCUGGCAACACACCUAGAGGACAACCUGCGAAAGGCCGCCGCAAACCACGCUGGCGGAGACGGCAAAACAGGUCAUGAUGAUGGACGGCGCGACAGCGCCCGCGGCGCUGACGGCGGCCGUGGGGGUCCUAUGGACGCGCGCCAUUCAGCCAGGUCGCCUUCCAAGCGCCUCAGCCCGGCACAGCAGGACAUGGCAGGUGUGCCAAAUGCCGGUGACGGCGGGACCGGUCCAGCGAACAAUUCCUCGGGAGGUGGUGCCCCAGCUCCAGCCGCCAAGUUCAGCUUUGGCUCGGGCAUGGACGAGCGAUUUUACCAGCAGCUAUCGAACAAGCUGCUGGACGAGUCUCAGGCGCCAUCAGCUCGCCGCGGCAACUGGGUCAGCGCGUCCGAGGUCUUAAGCGGCGGUGGCGGAGGCGCAGCAGGCAGCGGCGGCGGCAGCGGCAGCGGAGGCGGCGGUGGCAGCGGCCACAACAGUAAACGCAGCUCCACAGGCCACGGCAACCACCAUCCUGGAGGGCCGUACUCGUACGGCAAAAACAACAUGGCGGGCCCGACGCUAAGGGACAGGGACAGCGUGUACCUGCGACUGUACGCCACAGCGCAGGAGCGGGCCGUACGGCUGGAGGAGCGGCGUCGAGCGGCGAAUGCGGAGGUGGUGGCGGCGCUGACGCAGCGGCGCUCGACCAUGUCCUGGAUCAGCGCCGAGAUGAUGCGGGGACGGGGGGCGAACGGGGCGUACGACAACUAUGGGGAGAUGCUGUACGCGGAGGGCGUGGAGGCCCUGAUGGCGAGGCUUAAGCGGGCGGAAGCGGAACGUAAGGCCCGCGAGGCCAGGGAGAUGGACGGGGCGACCUUUGCGCCCGCGAUUACCAAGAAGGCCUGGGAGCUGAAGCAGCGAGAGCGCAACAGCAACUGCGCAGCCGCCGCCGGUAUGAGCGCUGGCGGCAUGGAAGCUGUGGAGGAGUAUGAGAAGUGGCAGCGGCUGCACAUGAGGGGUGUCCGCAAGUCGACGCAGGAGCGGCUGGAGCAGCUGCGGCAGCAGCGUGAGGCCGCCGAGGUGGCGGAGUGCACCUUCCGGCCCCGGAUCAACAAGAACAGCGACCUGCUGAUGAUGGAGCGCUCGGAGGCGCUCAAGCAACUCAACCUGACCCACUACGAGCAGCUGUUCGCGGACGCCCAGCGGCGCCAGAUGAAGCUUGAAGAUCUGCGGAACUGGUAUCCAGAGGGAGUUACCUUCCAACCGCAGGUGAACAAGGACCCCCGGGCCCUGGAGUACCUCCAACGCAGCUGGGACAAGCUCAAGCACCCGCACCAGCCACAGAGCUCCAACGGCAACGCCCCGGCGGGAAGUACGGCGGCCCUCACGUCGACUGCUUCCACUUGCACGGGGGGCGGAGCAGCAGGAGUGGGGCCAGGCGGGUCGCAGGUUCCACCGGUGGUGGCUCGACUGUAUGCGGAGGCGGAGCGGAAGCAGGCCAAGCUGGAAGCCGCCCGUCAGGCUGCCAAUGGCCCUAUCGACCCGGUCACGCAUAAGCCCCUCUUCCAGCCGGACUGCGGACGAGGCCCCCGCGGCGCGUUGGGUCACUCGCGAAGCAGCCGCCGCGGCGGCCACAUCGGCGAGCAUCUCUACCGUACGGCGCAGGAUCUGGCGGCCAAGCGGGCGGCGGCGGAGGAGGCGGAGCAGCGAGCAGCGGUAGAGGCGGCCACGCGAAGCCGUACGACACAGGUGAGCCAGCGCAUCUUUACGGAUUUGAAGCUCAAGCGCUUCCGCCAAAUAUUCGAGUACCUGGACGAGAACGGCUCGGGCUCCCUGGACCUGCUGGCGGUGCUGGGCCGCUCGCCGCCCCUGGAGCAGCCCGACGCGGAGCCCAGCCGCCACCCGCGGGCUGACAACCUGGACAGUGAGGUGCUGCUGGACGUGGAGGCGGCGGCGGACGUGUGGGCGCGAGCCAACGGAAUGAUGUUGACCAGCAACAACAACGGCAACAAGCCGCCGCGGUCGUCCGCCACUUCCCAGCAGCUCUGCGGUCCAUCGGGCUCUGGUUGCGGCGGCAUGUUGUUGUCGGGUCCGUGCCCACCCAUGAGCAUUGAGAUGUUUAUGAGUUGUAUGGAGGAAGCGCUGCGGCUACGGCGGGGCCCCCGGGCCUACCUGGUGCCGUCGCCGCCAGCCAAGCAGGAAACCUCGCACACGUUCCGGCCGUCCAUAAACCCGCGGUCGAGGGCCCUGGCUGCCAAGAGUCGCCCAGAGACUGCCUCUACGUUUGAGCUGCUGCACCGCGUGGCUGCCAAGACGGCGGAGCGGCUGGAGGUUUUGCGGCGGAGGAAGGAGGAGGCGGGCAUGGCGGGGUGCACAUUCCAGCCGCAGCUGAAUUCCAACAGGAACAGCCUGGGCGGCCGUGUGAGCAACCGCAGCCUCUCCGCCAGCCACACCGUGUCCCUGGAUCCCUCGGCCUUUGCGCUGGCGGCCGCCGGCAUCGCCGCCGCCGCGGACGAAAGCCCCACGUCGCGCCUGCGCGCCACCGUCGCCGCGGCCGCCGACGCCGAGGCGGAGCGUCGGGACCUGCAGCAGCACUUGCAGCACCUGCGGAUUGCAGCCGACGCAGCCCUGGAUAUGCAGGUGCAGCUGAUGCAGCACCAGCAGCAGGGGGGUGAGGGGGAGUGCGACGGACAGGAUGUGGACGAUGACCUGGAGCGGUUCACGUUGUUGGAGCAGGAGCUUCGAGACAUGCAGGCACUGACGCAAGUCGCCAUCGACGACCACGACCGCCAGCAGCAGCUGCUGCGCCAGGCAGCAGAGGCCGCGCAGCAGCAACACCAGCACCAGCACCACCAACAGCAGCACCAGCACCCGCAGCAGCAGCAGCUUCAACACCACCAGCAAAUACCGCCGCAACAGCAACAACAGCUCCAGCUCCAGCAGCAGCAACAACAGCAGCAACAGCAACAGAUGUCGAAUAGCAGCCUCAGCAACUGUGCGGAUGCUCCUCCUGCCGGGGGGCUGCAGGAGCUGGCGGCCGCACUGGGUGUGGGUGUGGUGGGUGUCUCCUGGGAGUCGGUGGCAGCCCAGUCAGCCAGCGUAAGCUCCUGA